UGACGAACGCUUGCAUACGCUUCCAAUUCCAUAUUUCAAUAGAUUCGCAGAGAUAGGCCUCACCUGGACUACAAUGCGUUCCCGUCGUUCGUAACACCUAAACGGAAAAUCUCCCUUAAAGACCCAAACCCUUCUUUUUUCUACUUGUAUAGAUCAAAACCCGCACGCGCAGAGGCCAACAUGGAUGCUUACCAACAGCAGCAUAGAUACAUGAGACCACCGCCAACUCCACCGCUGCCUCCGUCGUCUGCAGAUCCCCACCACUAUCUCCACCACCAGGGAAGGCCUCCCGUUCCUCCACAAUCCACAUGGUACUCCAACCAAUUCCAGUACCACCCACCACCACCGCCACCACCACCACCACCACCACCAUCUUCGCACUCUCCAUCUCCUCCUCCUCCUCCUCCUCAGCAGUGGGCGGCUUCUCCUCACUCCGACCACAUCGCUCCCGCUCCUCCUCCCUCUGCCUAUCCUCAUCCCCCACCACCUCCGCAUCCUUAUCCUUCUCAACUUCCUCCUCCACACCACCAGUUCCCUCCCCCUCCCCCUCCCCCUCCUCCUCGCCCUCACUUACCUGCUCCUCCUUCCCAUUCUCAGAUUCCCCAAUCGUACUCUCAGGUUAAUCAGGAAUGGGGAAAUCCAAAUUGGGGGCAGCACCAAAGCUGGGACUACCAAGCCCAUAACAAUGCGGAGGACUGGGCUGCUAGAGCCAGAGCAUGGGCUGCACAAAAAGCUGCAAUGGAGGAUCACCAUCCUCAGCCCCAAUUUACACAAGUUGGCAGAACGGAAGAACAAAACUGGUUUCCACAAACUGUUGAUUCUCAUUAUCAAGAUAUUCAGCAACAUCCAUUUCCUUCAUCAGGCUAUCAACAGUUUCCAGCUUCAGCUGCAACUUUGCACCAGCAACCAAUAGCUUAUUCGCAGGAGAAUGCAUCUUUCAACUCUGGGGAAUCUUCUAAUGUUCCUGAAGGGCAUCUUCCUUACAAUGUUAGUGGUGGAACUUCAUCUGGAGCACUGACCACAAGUCCAUCUGUUCUUCAGCAGGAGGUACCUUCUAGUUAUUCUUCUGUUACAGGUAAAGAAGAGAUUAUAGACCAAAAGGAUCAGCUGUACAAAUCAUUGCCUUUGCCCUUAUCAUCAUCACAAGAAGGACAGCAUCAUGUGCAACCAUCAUUGCCCGCUUGUGGUGGAUCAAUUUUUAACGAACAGCCCUUUGCAUAUGGCAAUCAAGGAGCUGAUUUGACUGUGGACCUUAGCAAUCAGCCUUUAGAUUUUGCAUCCGGUGUUAGUCGUGAUCAUGAUCCACACGUGCAAUCCAGUUAUACUGCUCAUCAUGAUUCAGCCGGAAAUGUAAGAGGUCUUGGCCAUGUUGCACCGUUACCUUCUAUUAAUUCCUGGACUCCUGCUGUUGCAACUGGUUCUGUUUAUCCUCCAAUCCCUCCAGGUCUUCCAUCAGGGCCUCAGCAUGAUCCUUUAGUAGCCAUACCUUCUCCUGUUUCUGGACAUGCUGCACCACCAUUUGGAAGCUUCCCUGGGCCGCCAACAAUUCCAUCUGCUGGUGUGCCAUAUGUUCUUGGUCCAGGAACUGCACUUCAUCCUACAGCAGGUUUCCCAGGUGAUGCUUAUGGUGUUUCUAAUGUUUCUGAACGCCCUAAAAAGGCUUCUGUGCCUAAUUGGCUUAAAGAAGAAAUAAUUAAGAACGCAUCUGUUAUCACGAGGUCUUCUCUAGAGCAUCCCAAUGAGGAAACUCAAUCCAUUGACGAUGAAAGUGUUGAUAAAUCGUUUGGGAAGGGUGAUCAAGCAGACAGCAAAAGUAUCGAUUCUUCUAGGUCGACUGAAGAAGAGGAUGAAGAUGAGGAUGAUGAGGAAGCUGCUAGAAAUGCAGCCAUUAAUCAAGAAAUAAAACGUGUUCUAACAGAAGUUCUUCUGAAGGUUACUGAUGAGCUGUUUGAUGAAAUUGCUACAAAAGUUCUUCACGAAGAUGAUCUGACUGUUGAAGUUGAGCACGAUACUGUCACUUCAAAUCAUAAGGCAGCUCCAUCUCCUCCAGAAGUCCCAACUCUGAAGGCAUCUGCAAAGGUUCUAGUUCCUGUUAAAGCAAGAGAGUCUGAAACUGAAGAUGUAAGUGAAAAAUCCAGUUCUGGUGCCCCAGGAAAUGUAUUGGGUCUUGCUAACUAUGCAUCUGAUGAUGAAGAAGAAGAAGAAGAUAAUGAUGAAAUCAAGAGUUCCAGUAUGUCAAAUUUAAGGAAAAAUGGUUUGCUUCAACAAUCUAGCAAUAGCAUUCCAAAGUUUUCACAAGAUAUGCAUGAUGUGGCUGAAAAUGGCAGCUCACCCCUGGAACUUGGAAUGAACAGUGGAGGACAGACAAAUUUGGAGAAUGAUUUGAGCAAAACCAACUCAAUUGAAUCCAAAAGUAAAAUCAGUGCUGCUUUUAGUGAGUUAAGUGAGCCCAAGGUGGCUUCUGGAGCCAUGGAUCUUGAGAUCAAUGUUGAUAGUCGAAAAACCAUACAUACAACUAAUGGGUCUGGAAUGAGGUCUGCUCUUGGAGAAAAUGUUGUAGAAGAUUCUCAAGUUAGGGAAACGAGGAUGAAAUCAAAUGAAGAUAACCGACAUGAAAAUAAAAGAAGUUAUUCUGGAAAAGAUAUUAAGGAGGCACAACAUGGGAGUAGGGUAGAUGAGAAAGGAGAUGGCAAUCGUAGGAGGCAAGAUGAAAUGCAUCUGAGAAAGGAAAAGACAGAUAACCAAAAUGGCUCAAAAGAAAGAAUGAAAGAGAGAGGUGAUAGGACUGGAGAAAAUGCAAAGGAAUCUGAAUCAAGAAAAAGAUCUUCUCAUCUUGAUGUCAAGGAGGAUAGGAAAGAAGCAGAGAAACUUCAAAGAUCAAGUGCCAAAGAGGAUAACAGAAAAAGAGGACGAGUGAAGGAUAAGGAGGAAGAUAGAGCAAGACAUAAACGCGCUAGUGACUCAAGCAGGCAUAAGAGAAGACGUUCCUCUUCAACCAGCAGUAGGGGUAGAAACAGCAAGGACAAUGAUUCAAGCGCUGAAGUAUCAGAUGAUUCUAAGAGAAAGCUACAUUCAAGAAAGCGGAACUUAUCACCUUCACCCGUCAGGUCUAGGAGAAGACAAGUUUCGCGGUCACCUCAUAGCAAGCAUUCUCAGCGCAGGCAUUCUCCCUACUCUUCUCUUGAGACUACCAGGUAUUUUGCCCUGCAAUCUUUAAGAUUAAGAUUGUAUGGGAAGGAGGUCAAGUGUUUUUCUUCCAUUUCUUUUCAGUUAAAGUUUCACCUUUUUCUCUCUGUCUCACGCAUAAAACCUUCGUCUCCAUUUCAACUUUCAACUACAACACCUUAUUUCUUCUUUCUCAACUACUCAUCAAUGAAGGUGACCCGAGGUGGGCUUUGGUCGGUUUGGCUUUAUGGAUUGGUGCUUAUUUGUUUUUCCUUGUAUGCUACUCAGAUGUUACCUUCAUUUAAGGAUGAAAUCCAGAGAACACCCAAUUUCAAUCACAACGAUUUCAGCGACGUGGGAAAUCCCAAAAUCACUAUCUUCUCAGCUCCUGCCCCUUUUUCUGGUUCAGCUGGGGCUAGGCAGAGUCUCGCCAUUCGCUCUUGGCUUGCUUUGUCUUCUCACAUUGGGGUGAUUCUUUUCACACAAGACCCUUCUGCUGUUUCCUUCGCCUCUGCCUUUGGUUCGCGAGUUCUGGUCGAUCCCAGUAUCGAUUUCACGUUUCUUCGUACCCCAUUCUUUCAUUCUAUGAUGGAAAGAUCGCGAGCGUUCACAACAGACAUAUCCGUUUUUAUCAACCCGGAAACUAUUCUUCUGCCUGAUUUCGUUUCCACCAUAAAUUAUGCCUACAAACUUGACCACGAUUGGUUUCUCGUGGCUUCAUCGCAAAAUGUUUCUUACUUCCCUUUUCACCUGGAUGAUUCUGGGAAGCACUGGCUGAGAAAGGAUGGCAAAUGGAUGAAACCCCAGGAGUUGCAGGAGAUGCUUAGUCAGAAUUUGCUGUGGAAUCAUUGUGAUGAUAGAAUGCUUAUGGCAUGGAACAGCAGGAACGUGCCUUUACAUAAUGCAGUGCUUCCUCCUUUCUUGUACGGCAAGGGGAUUCACAACCACUGGGUCAUAAAUGAGGCUGUGUCAUCCGAAUUCAGGUUUGUGUUUGAUGCAAGUUUGACCAUCUCAAGUUUCUAUCCGAACGAUGACGAACAUCAGUCUAUUCUGUCAGUGAAAAGCUCAAGUUUUUCAGAUGCUAAAAAUAAAAGCUGGGAGAAUGUUGGCAAUUCCCAUCUAGGUGCUACAUAUGGGUCAUUGUUUUUUCAUGAAAUUAAUUAUUCUAGCCUAGUAAAACUGGUAAAGUGUGGUGGGAAAUAUCUAUUUGUUGACAUAACAGAAGAUAUUGCUUAUACAUUUAUGGACCAGGGACUGAACCCGUGGAAUAGAAGAGUUCUGCAUUCCAGUACAAAGAAGAAAAAUAUGGCUUGUGUUAACUAUAUCAAAUCUCAAGAAAGAGUGUUAAAUUGCUCACUUAGAGAUCAGUUAAAGGACUUGGCACCAUUAGAAUUUCCAUUUUCCUUAGAAUCACUCCUUUCAGGAACUGCAGAUGAGAAUAAAACAAUUGUGCUUGCUGUUGCUGGAUAUAGUUACAAGGACAUGCUAAUGAGUUGGGUGUGCAGAUUGCGCCACCUCCAGGUUACGAACUUCUUGAUUUGUGCUCUUGACCAUGAAACAUACGAGUUCUCCGUCUUACAGGGCUUGCCUGUUUUCCGUGAUCCAUCAGCCCUAAGUAACAUUAGCUUUGAUGAUUGCCACUUUGGAACCAAAUGCUUUCAGAGGGUAACCAAAGUUAAGUCCAGAAUGGUUCUGAAGAUAUUGAAGCUGGGGUACAAUGUGCUUCUGAGUGAUGUAGAUGUGUAUUGGUUUGCAAAUCCAUUGCCAAUACUUUGUUCUUUUGGUCCAGCUGUUCUUGUGGCACAGUCUGAUGAAUACAAUAAAACAGGUCCAGUGAACUUGCCUAGGCGUUUGAACUCUGGCUUUUACUUUGCUCAUUCUGAUGGUUCAACAAUUGCUGCUAUGGAGAAGGUGGUGAAGCAUGCUACAACUUCUGGCCUGUCUGAACAGCCAAGCUUCUAUGACACAUUAUGUGGGGAAGGUGGGUCCAAUCGCAUUGGUGAUGAUAGAUGUGUGGAACCUGAAACAAAUUUGACUGUUCAUUUCUUGGAUAGAAACCUCUUCCCUAAUGGUGCAUACUUAGACCUAUGGCAGAAGAAAAAUGUGAAAAAGGCCUGUGCAAAGAAGGGCUGUCUCAUUCUUCAUAACAAUUGGAUUAGUGGAAGGGCAAAGAAGCUGGAACGCCAGGUUUUGUCAGGUUUAUGGGAGUAUGAUAGUAGCAAAAGAAUUUGCUGCAGAGGUAGCACAGUGCUGAAUUAACUAGGUGUAUUUGAGAUCUUUUCUCUGUUUUUUUGAUAUUUUCUUGUCUUCUGUCCAUGGGUAACUUUGGUUGCAGAGGUAGCACAGUGCUGAAUUAACUAGGUGUCUUUGAGAUCUUUUCACUGUUUUGUUGAUAUUUUAUUGUCUUCUAUCCAUGGGUAACCUUGGUUUUCUCGUGGAUGAGAAGAGAAGAACUUAUUCCCUUCUUCUAUGUUAUUGAGUAUCCUAAGCCUCGAUUUAAUCUUGGUUUCAAUGGGAGAAUACUAAAUUAGAAAGAGCCGGCCAUGAAAAACAAAAGAUAUCCACCUUGGCAACAGAUAAUAAUAUUGAAAUACCUCUGGCCGGCACAAUAAUCCCCUAUAUUUGCAUCUAACAGCUUUUGAUUGCUGGCCAUGCUGAAGGCCUGUGUUCUUUUUUUAGGCCAAGGUCGAGGCUCUCACAAAGAGUCUGGAAGGAAAAAGGAAUUUGGAAAAUCUCCUUUAUCAUUUGGCAUGUGCUCACAGUCGAAGGAUUUUUCUGUCAGGAUAGUUCAUGCUGGUGGGCGAGAGGAGUUGUAUCAACAUGCAGUUCCUGCAUCUCACUUGAUGGAAAAAUAUCCUGGGAUGUGUGUUGCCAGGCCAGAAGUUUUCAGAAAUCCACGACAGUCCCUGCUGUGGCCGGAUGAGAAUUUGUUGCCUGGUCACAAAUAUCUUAUAAUCCCAUCUACCACUGCUCAGAAAUUGAAAGGUAAGCAAAUGGAGAAGGCAAAAGUCACAGGAUAUGCUGAAGGUAAAGAUGAGAUGUUAGAUGUAAAUAUCACUUGGGAGGCGGGUAGAGACAUUUCAGAGGAAUCUAUUUCUUCUGCAAAAGAAUUUUAUACCUCCAAGGGCAGGUGGUCAAGAGACUCAAAAUGUUCAGCAAGGAGGAGUUUUAGACCAAGGAAGCCUUUUGUACCCCCUCUCCCAAAGGCAAGGAUUUUGCGGGGACCUGGGUGGGAACCGAGUUUGACAUCUGUACGAGAACUCUCUCCAUGACAAUUUGAUCUACCUUAUGGCUUGUAUCAUUGUGUAUUCUGGUAUGUGGUCCUUCCAGAGUUAUUUUUGCGCUUUAUUAUGAACAGUAGUGUUUAGUCGUACAAGACAAAUGGAUUAGCGUUCUGCUCCCAAGUUUCAAAACCCUUUUUCAUGAUUGUGGAAGCUGCAUGAACAAUUCAUUUGUAUCUCUUCCAUAAUCUCAGACUCCUGAAUUUGAAUAUUCUCUAUGUUAUUACGUAUGAAUUUUGAA